GAAACAUCGACAAAACCAAAUGCCUCCAAUGAUUACACACCUUUCACACCGAAGUUGGUGAAAAUUUGACAUUCUAUUAUUUACAAAUUGCUUGCACAUAAUCAUAAAGAAUUAGAAUGCCUAUAAUAAUCAAGGACUAUACUUGGAAACAAACCGAGAGCAACAUCAUGAUUCAAGUCCCUUUAAGAGGUGUUCACCAAUCGAAAGUAGACAUUUUCAUUUCAUCAAGGUAUGUUAAAGCUUCAUAUGAACAAAACUAUUUCGAAGCCAUUUUGAGCAAUCCAGUCGAUAAAAAUGAUAGUAAAUGUAUAUUAACUGCGACGGACAUAAUAUUCGAACUGAAAAAGCAAGAGCAAACGCAAUGGGAACUCUUGGAACCAAAUGUUUCAAAAGCGGAGAAGCUUGAACUGAAAAAGCAGUUUUUAGAGGAAUCCUAUAAAGAAAUUCAGAAAGAUGCAGAAGAGAGAGUUAACAAGAAAGCGGAGCUGAAAAGAGUAGCUGUACGAAAACAGAUCGAGACAGAUACUGAAACAAGAAAAACUAUAGAAACUAUCAAGAAAGAAGAAGAGGCAAAAGCUUUGGGUGAUCUGGAGGACUGGGAAAAGAAAAUAGCGAAAAAGCAACUACCACACCAAAGAAGAAUCGUCAAAAAACCUACCCUAGCACCCCCACCCAAAAAAGCAGUCCCGCCAGUGCCUAUCAGAGCCCCGAGAACUCUGGAAAUAGAGUUUACGCCUCGAGAGUUCACAACGCCCAGUAGAGAGUCCCGAUUGGAAGAAGAAAACGAAUUUUUAGCCAAGCAGGCAGAAGCCAGAAGAACUGCUGGGUUCGUUAGCGAAGACAUCAGACCCGAAGAGAGGAAUCCGCAGUUCAUAAAGGCCAAGGGGGAUGAGUUUCUGAAAAACAAAAACUAUUUGGGAGCUAUUAGUGCAUACAGCUACGGGAUCAAGUUGAGCAAAGAGUUUGUGGACUUUUAUAUUUCCAGAGCAGAGGCCCAUUUAGCCAUAGGUAACAAUCACAAGGUUCUUCAAGAUUGCAGCACAGCACUGGAACUUCUGAAACCCGAAUGUUCAUCCAACUUGCAGGAAAGGGCAAUAUGUAUUGGGAGACGUGGUCAAGCACUAUGUAAGCUUGGGAUGAAGAAACAGGGCCUAGAUGAAUUGAAAUUCAGUUUGAAACUUGUCCAUGAUGAUGAAUUCAAGAAGAUUUUAGAAACUGAAGAAGAGUUGAUUAGUUAAUUAUUUUGGAUCAACUAUUCCUAGGCUCAUUAAUAUAGUUUCUAAAUAGCAUUAACUCAAUCAAAGAAUCACAAUAUCAGAUUUACAAUAGAUUAUCUUGAUUAUUACGAUGUAUUUGUCGGCGUCAAACAGUGAAAUCCACCAUUCUCUGGAAUAAUGCCUAGUCAUUUCACGUAUUGCCGGCAAACAGCGUAACUUUAAAUUUCGUACACGGUUUGCCUAAUAGUUUCAGGCAUUCCCUGUAAUGAUGGAAGGAAGGUUCGGUUGUUCAGAAGCAGUAGUCUCUUCUGUUCUCUCAAGUAAUUUUCUGAAAAAUAUACUUUCUAGGAAGAAGAUUCAUUUAGGCGGAAAAAUAGCCUCCUUUCUUAUGGAUAUGCAGAAAGGAUAUUAUCCUUCCUCAACCCUCCGGCAAACAGAGUAACGGCUGAAAAUGGAAGUUACGCUGUUUGCCGACAAUACGUGAAAUGACUUAAUUGACCCCGACAUAUAUAUGUUUUCAAUAGUGCUAUUCGAUAGUACCUAUAUCUAUAUAUACCAUGAGCUUUCUUUAGAUUUAUUUAUUUCAAUGUCACCUUGUAAACAGUGUAUGGAAGUCAAUUUCAUCCUGACAAAGAUUACAAAAUAGAAAAUCAC